UGAUUUUAGUAUUGCAGGAUGUAGUAGUUGGUAUGAAGAUGCUAUGAUGGAAAACACUAUGUCAGGUCCAAUUUUUGAUGAUGAAAAAAGUAUGUCACCAAGUAUGCUUAGCCAUGAAUCAAGCUCAGAUCAAGAAGAAACAAUUUCUGUAAAUAAUCGUAGUCCAGAAAUUAAACAUCAUCUUGAAGAAUGCUCAAAUUCUGGGGAAAAAGUUGAAGAUAAUUUUACAUUAGACUCAUUUAAGAACCAACUUUCCAAUUGGUGUAUAAGUGAGAAAAUCCAUCACAAAUCUGUAAAUAGUCUUUUAAAAAUAUUAAAAACUGUUCCAAAUCUUGAUGGUUUGCCAGACUACGUUCGUACUCUACUUAGAACGCCUAGAUGUACUGCAGUUCGGCCCUUAAUGAGUGGACAGUACAUAUGUUUAGGUAUUGAAAAUGGAUUGAAGAGCAUUUGAAAGUCUUUUCAGGUUUCUGAUGAUAUAACAGAGCUCAAACUGCUUUUUAAUAUUUAUGGGCCACCUGUAUCUAAAAGUUCAGGUGGUCAAAUGUGGCCACAACUUGCAAGAAUUCGAUCAAUAAAGAGUUCACCGGUUUUUGUGGUAGGCCUGUAUUAUGGCAAUGAAAAACCUAGUGAUAGCAAUGAGUUCAUGAGAAAAUUGGUAGAAGAGUUGAAUUGUUUAUUUGAAAAUGGUUUUUAUUUUAAUGAUUUAUUUUUUAAAAUAAAUCAUGUUGGGUUUGUGUGUGACAUGCCAGCUAAGGCCUUUGUUUUACAAAUCAAGGGACACACCGGGUUUUACUCGUGUACUCGGUGCACAGUGGAAGGAGAAAGUGUAAAUAACAGAGUGUGCUUUAUAGAUUCAAAUUGCUCAAGUAGGACCCAUGAAAGUUUUUGUUCGGUCAGUCAAGAAGAACAUCACAUUGGUGCAACAGUACUGACAUCGUUGAACCAUGUUGAUUUAAUUUCAAGUUUUAGCUUAGAUUAUAUGCAUUUAGUUUGUUUAGGAGUAGUAAAAAAAUUAUACUUUUGUGGCUUAAGGGUGAGCUAAGAUAUCGAUUUCCACAUAGGCAAGUGCAAAACCUAAGUGACAGGCUUGUCUCAUUGAAGAAAUUUAUACCUUCAGAGUUUGGAAGGAAACCUCAGUCUCUUUCUGAGGUUAGCCGUUGGAAAGCAACAGAAUUCCGACAAUUUCUGCUGUACACGAGUAUUGUAGUUUUGCCCCCUUUCUUAUCCUCAGAUAUGAUGACAAACUUUAUAGCUCUACAUGUAUAUCUCAUUGAGAAUAUUAUUGAAGGACAACAAUGGACAGAACCAUAUCAUAGACUAUGCUAAGGACUUGCUGAAGUUUUUUGUUGAAGGAUUCGCCCAAAUAUAUGGGAAACAGUUUGUGUCACAGAAUAUUCAUGGCCUUAUUCAUUUGGCAGACGAUGUGUCAACAUUUGGCCCAUUAGAUGAGUGCUGUGCUUUCCCUUUUGAGAGCUACAUGCAAACAAUAAAAAAGUCACUACGGAAGUCUAAGAAGCCACUGCAGCAGUUUUUAAAAAGACUUGAAGAGAAAGAAAAUCUAAUAGGUCAAUCAAAACCAAGUUUGCCACAAAAAAAUUCUCCUACUUUUAAAAAAAUACAUGAAGAUGGACCUCUCUCUUUGUAUUGUCAGGAUCCUCAGUACAAAAAAAUAGUUUUAAAUGAUUUCAACUUGUCAACUGCAGAACAAGAUUCAUGCUGUGGUCUAAAAGACAAAACAAUAGUGAAAGUGAAAAAUUUCUGCUACAAUAAAAAAAUGUGCUGUAUGGUUGUAGUCGGUAGAAUAUUUUCAAUAGUGGGAGAAUUAUAUGAGAAACCUGCACUCUCUUCAAAACUUGACACAUAUGUUGUCAAACUUAAUACAACUCUUAAAUCUUGGCCAGUUAGUGAAAUAGAAAGAAAGUAUGUACAGUUUCCAUAUGGUAAAGACUCUUUUGUGGUAAUUCCAUUGAUACAUUCAAGUUUUUAUUAAAUGUAGGUAAUGUAGGUAGGUAAAGUUAUCAACUGCACAACAAGAUUCGUACUGUGGUCUGAAAGACAAAACCACAAAGGCCAGUUAGUGAAAUAGUGUAAAUAGUGUAAAAUACUGUGAAUAGUGUAAAAUACUGUAAUAAUCGAGGAGUCCGAUAUCACUAGGCAUCAAACCUGCUUAACUGAAAAAACAAACCAAUUCGAUUCAAAAAACAAUAAUAAUGAUCUGAAAGUGUAACCCAUGAAACAUAUAUCUAUCAGAAAUCUUCAACAGAGACAAAUUUAUAAUAAUGUGGGUGGUUGUCCACUUCGUUGAGGAGAGUAAUGUUGAAGUGGUACCAUGUUCAUGGUUUGAUGGGGAUUCCUGUUGGUGGCCACAACACAUCACCAGUGAUAAAAUAAAAAAACUGGUUGAAAAAGAAAUUGCGCCAGGCUCUAACUCAUGUACGUGGGCAAAAUAUAAGGCCAGAACUAUGGGCAAAGAAUAUUAUGAUUCACUAUUCGCAAUAGUUGCAAUCAAGCGCAGUACACUAGCGAUAUUGGCAGUGAUUCCAACAGUGGGAAGAGGAAAAGAACGCUGAAGCGGCCUCGUAUAUACUCAUCUUCAGAUGAAGACGACCCUGCUGCUGUGACGCCUGCUUCAGUAGUUUGCAGUAGCCCCGGCUUAUUAAUACCCUCAUUCCGGAAUCUUCAAACGAGCCAAACCAGCUGUUUCAUUCCUCAACACCAAAAUGUUCAGAAUCUACAGAAAGAGGUGACAAUAGCUUCAAAAAAUAUCUUGUGCGGCAAAUAAACUUGAUAAAAAUGAGACUCAACAAAAUUGAUGAGACUCAAGAGACGAUUGUUUCUCUGCUGCAAGAAAGGGAAGGAGCAGUUGGUCCAUUACCGGUUGCUCCAACACCUCAGCAGCCGGACAUAAUCAUGAAUAUCAAGAACCAGUUGCCCAUUACAACUGACGAAAAAAUGGAUAUUGUGGAGGAUGAGCUGUCAACCAAGGAAAAGAUGGAAGAAAUGGCAAGAUAUCUUUCAAGCAGUGGUGGAAACACAAUUCCUGAAAUUGUCAGACGAAUUCUGAAAUCCACUAUGAGUGACCAUUUUGCUGCAAAUUAUAGCUGGAUCGGAUUUAAAAAGAAGAAGGUCUUCUCCUCUCUUCAUCUGAAGGAAGCCAUUUUUAGUGGAGUAAGACGUAAUUCAAGAACAUCGUCUGCGUCGGAUGCAGAAAUUGAAGAUGUCAUAAAAACGUGGGUGAAAUACGCAAAAGCAAGAUUCCAGGCCAGAGAAAAAAAAGGAAAUUCAAACUGAUUUUGUUCCAAACUAAAUGAAUAAUAAAUGAAUAACUUAUUCCUGAGUA